AUGUCGAUCAAGUCGCACCCCAGACACCCGCCCGUCGUCAUGUCGACCAUCACCGAGCAGAUCGGCAACACCCCUCUCGUUCGCCUGAACAAGAUCCCCCAGUCGCUCGGUCUCAAGCCCACCAUCUACGCCAAGCUUGAGUUCUUCAAUGCUGGUGGCAGUGUCAAGGACCGCAUCGCUUUGCGCAUGAUCGAAGCCGCCGAGGCCUCUGGCCGCAUCCACCCUUCCAAGACGACCCUGAUCGAGCCUACUUCCGGAAACACUGGUAUUGGUCUUGCUCUUGUCGGUGCCGUCAAGGGCUACAAGGUCAUCAUCACUCUGCCCGAGAAGAUGUCACAAGAGAAGGUCGCCGUGCUCAAGGCUCUCGGUGCCGAGAUCAUCAGAACCCCUACCCAGGCUGCCUACGACAGCCCCGAGAGUCACAUUGGUGUCGCCAGAAGACUGGAGAAGGAGAUUCCCGGUGCCGUCAUUCUUGACCAGUACAUCAACCCCGACAACCCGAGGGCUCACGAGCUCGGCACAGCUGAGGAGAUUUGGGCACAAACCGACGGCAAGAUCACUGCUCUUGUUGCUGGCGCUGGUACUGGUGGCACCAUUACCGGCCUGGCAAGAGGAAUCAGAAAGCACAACAAGAACGUCAAGAUCAUCGCUGCCGAUCCUCACGGCAGUAUCCUUGCUCUGCCCGCUACUCUGAACGACGACUUCAAGGACAAGCCUUACAAGGUUGAGGGUAUUGGCUACGACUUCAUUCCUGACGUCCUGGAUCAACAAGGUGUCGACACAUGGUUCAAGACCGAUGACCGCACAAGUUUCGAGUAUUCGAGAAAGCUGAUUAGAGAGGAGGGUCUUUUGGUUGGAGGAAGCAGUGGCAGUGCCAUGGCCGCCUGUGUCAAGGCUUGCACUGAGCUCAACCUGACCGAGGACGACGUUGUUGUCGUUGUUCUGCCUGACAGCAUUAGAAGCUACUUGAGCAAGUUUGUUGACGACGACUGGUUGGCCGCAAACGAUCUCCUCCCUCCCACUCCCCCACUUUCCGCCCCUACAACACCAGUCGCAAAGAGCGAAGAUGGCAAGAGCAAGGAUGGCUAUGGUGAUGCCACCAUUCGCGAUCUGCGCUUGAAGCCUGUCACCACCAUUUCAGCAGACUCGCCAUGCGGAGAUGCCAUUGAAACCAUGCGUGAGAAGGGCUUCGACCAGCUCCCAGUCUCGGCUGGUUCUGGCUCGCGUCUUGUCGGUCUCGUCACACUUGGAAACCUUCUGUCAUACCUUUCCUCUGGCCGUGCAACUGGCCACUCUUGUGUCAGCGAUGUCAUGUUCGACUUCAGAAAGAUCAACGAGGUUGUUACAAGCACCCAAGACAUCAGCAUCAAGACUCCUGAGGAGCGCAAGAAGGCUGCCACCAGCAGCGAGACUGAGAGCCAUCCCCAGCGCAGACAAUUUGUCGAAAUCACAAAGGACACCAAGUUGAGCGCACUGAGCCGCUUCUUCGAGUGGAACAGCGCUGCCAUUGUCACCGAGAAGACAUCCGAGAAGGGUGGCUACAAGGCUGUGGCAGUUGUGACCAAGGUUGAUCUUUUGACCUGGUUGGUGAAGUCAUCGAAGAAGGAUGGAAGCAACUAG